UGUCUUAAUCUAUUCCUUAAGAUCUGAUAAUUACACGGGUCUGGUCGACUUAUGUAUAUAUAUAUCGGGUGUUCGACUUUCUCACUGUAGUCAGUUGUAGGGACUUACGCCGGCUACCUGGAGGGAGAAGAGUACCAGUCGAUGACCAAAAUGGACAAUAAGACCAUGGGCGCAGCUUCCCAGGACUUCCUGGACAACAACCAGUACACCGUGAAGUCCAUCUUGAGAUACGAGCGCAUCUUCGGCCAUACUUGGGUCUCGACUGGAGGAGAAGCUACCACGAGGGACUUCGUCCAGGACCUCAACCUCCAGCCAGGAGACAGGAUCUUAGACGUAGGAUGCGGGACGGGAGGGUCGGCCUUCUUCAUGGCCAGGUAUUACGGAGCCCACGUCCACGGCGUCGACCUGUCCAAAAACAUGAUCGACAUCGCCCUGGACAGAUUGGCUCGGGAGGAUGGACACAUCCGGGACAAGGUUCGUUUCGAGGUGGCCGACAUCACAAAAGUCCAGUACGACAACGAGAGCUAUGACGUCAUCUACAGUCGAGACACCAUCUUGCACAUCGCCGAUAAGGAGAAGCUCUUUAGAACGCUCUACAGAUGGCUGAAACCGGGGGGAACACUUUUCAUCACAGACUACUGCAGAGGCGACCAAGAACAUUCCAAAGAAUUCUUGGAUUACGUCAUACAGAGAGGAUACGAUCUCAGGACCCCUAAGGACUACGGGAAAGUGAUCGCUGGGGCAGGCUUCAAGGACGUGAAGGCGUGCGAUGCGACCAAGACCUUCAUCGAAUGCCUGAAGGCCGAACUCAAGUUCUUCGAGCCGACGAAAAAUGCCUUCAUUAAGGACUACAGCGAGGAAGAUUACCAGUACAUCGUUGACGGUUGGAAAGCCAAAUUGGUUCGCUGCUCUGGAGGAGACCAAGCUUGGGGGACGUUCUUUGCGAAAAAAUAAACAGAAGCAAAAGAGGAAAAAGAAGACUAGAUCCCGCCUUCCUCCUAACUUCUUUCCUUUUUCCUGUUCUUAGAUCAUUUCUGUAAAUAAUUUCACGCCAGUCUGAUUCACGUCCGCCUAUUUCCUCUUUUAAGUUGGAAUUCUUACUGUUACAUACAAUCUUCACUCGCUGCUGAGUCGCCAAGCAGGGAGGAAGUUCCUACCUGUAAAAGUUGACGAUCCUUUGGUUUGCAUCUCCUACAACAUUUCUGCCUAGAAGUGCUCUCCCGUGGGAGCGCGAGCUCUAGAUUUGCUCAAAUGCCUCUAGAAAAGCUCCUCCCCCACGAGUGAUCCAUAGAUUUGUUCUCUACUGCUCUAGAAAUGCUUUUUUUCUUCUUCUUCUUCUCCCAGAGCCCUACCUCUAGAUAUUAUGCUCUACCUAUACAGCUGAUCUGAACUCAUCCCGACCUCUGUUGGUUUUAUUAUGCAAUCCAGAUGUUUUAAUAAACUACUAAGUACU